AUACAGGUUAGGGGGAGACAUUACUCAGACACAGGUUAGGGGUAAGUAGUGGGGUUCAGAGGAGAGAGACAUGUCUGCUGGUCAGAGACACUGUUCCCAGGGAACAGGAGGAAAAGUGCUGCCAAUACAGCAGUGGAUGUGACUCUUCAUUCUGGCUCCAAAAUAGCUGCUUGGGGGAAAGGGAAGAAAGACAGUCACAUAAAAGAGACAUCAGUGCUGCCAUUACCAAGGCAGGGCAGCCAGAGACAGCAGCCUCAGAAGGAAGAGACCUCCGGCAGGAGGAGAGAGAGGAGGUGGGGCGCGUGUUUCAUUUGACUGUAUAAAUGGACUCUGCUUAUUACUGGAAUCUCACCUGGUGCAUCUCAUCUAAUGACCAAGUCCUCAUCCCUUGAGCUGUGCUGGAAGCUGUUUGUGGAUCUAUUGGACACCAGCUCCUGGAUGGAAACUGCUUGGAGCUGUUAAAGAUGGGCCUUAUAUUUCUGCUGACAUAAGCGAGUCAAGUUCUUGUUCUUUGUCCCACCUGGAUCUGUCGUACAUAUACAAAUAUAUUUAUUUAUUUAUUUUCCCCUGUGGUGCCUUUUCUUCUGGUGAACGUUUUCUAACUUGUGCUUGGCAAGAUGAUGUGCGAAGUGAUGCCCACCAUUAAUGAGGACAACCGCCGGGGCUCCACUUAUAGCUCCGAUGAUGCUAACUUUGAGCAGCUGAUGGUGAACAUGCUCAAUGAGCGGGAACGGCUACUGGAUACCCUUCGGGAGACUCAGGAGAGCCUUGGCACAUCUCAGUUGCGCCUGCGAGAAUUAGGCCAUGAGAAGGAGUCUCUGCAGAGGCAGCUGAACAUUGCACUACCACAGGAGUUUGCAGCCCUCACAAAGGAGCUCAACCUGUGCCGGGAGCAGUUGUUAGAAAGAGAGGAAGAGAUUUGCGAGCUCAAGGCUGAGAGGAACAACACUAGGCUGCUGUUGGAACAUUUGGAGUGUUUAGUGUCACGGCAUGAGCGAUCUCUAAGAAUGACGGUGGUGAAGAGGCAAGCCCAGUCGCCUGCCGGGGUCUCCAGUGAGGUAGAAGUCUUAAAAGCUCUCAAGUCCCUCUUUGAGCAUCACAAGGCCCUUGAUGAAAAGGUUCGGGAGCGACUUCGUGUGGCCCUUGAGAGGGUGGCCGUACUGGAAGAAGAACUGGAAAUAUCUAGCCAGGAGUCUAUUUCACUUCGGGAGCAGCUUGCAAGGAGAAGAUCAGGAAUUGAUGAUGGUGGUAAAGAUGGAGACUCACAGAGCUCGACCAUAUUAAAUGGCUCCUCUCAUCUGGAACUACGAGGUGGAAAGGAAUUAGAGCUGGAGGAGAUGCUGGAGAAACAGAGGCUUGAGCUGUGCCAGUUAAAGGAGAGGUUAACCAUGAUGUGCCGUCAAAUGGCAGAGCUUGAAGAAGAGCUAAACACAGCCCAGAAAGAUGUCAUAAAAUCAGAAGAGGUCAAUUCCAAGCUUCAAAGGGACCUCAAGGAGGCUCUGGCACAAAGAGAAGAUAUGGAGGAAAGGAUAACCACUCUGGAGAAACGUUACCUUAGUGCACAGAGAGAAGCCACUUCGCUCCAUGACGUCAAUGACAAGCUGGAGAAUGAUCUGUUAAGCAAAGAAUCCCUGUACAGACAGAGUGAAGAGAAGAACCGGCAGUUGCAGGAGUGGCUGGAAGACGCCAAGCAGAAAUUGCAGCAGACCCUGCAGAAGGCGGAGACUCUGCCUGAGAUCGAGGCCCAGUUGGCCCAACGAGUGGCCGCUCUCAGCAAGGCUGAAGAGCGUCAUGGGAAUUUUGAGGAGAGACUCCGUCAACUUGAAGCUCAGCUGGAAGAGAAGAACCAGGAGUUACAACGGGCACGUCAGAGGGAGAAGAUGAACGACGAGCACAACAAACGUCUCUCCGAGACUGUAGAUAAACUUCUGUCUGAGUCAAAUGAAAGGCUGCAGCUGCAUCUUAAGGAGCGGAUGGGAGCCCUGGAAGAGAAGAACACUCUCUCAGAAGAAAUAGCUAACAUGAAAAAGCUACAGGAUGAGCUUCUUCUCAAUAAGGAGCAGCUGGUGACUGAGAUUGAGAGGAUGCAACUAGAAAUUGACCAGCUGCGAGGACGACCUUCUUCCGCAUACUCCAGGUCUCUCCCAGGAAGUGCCCUGGAGUUGAGAUACUCACAGACUCCAACACUUCCCAUGGGCAGCCAUGUGGAUCACUACAGUGGCACAUCAGUCAUCAGGCGGCCUAAAAAAGGGCGUUGGGCAGCAAUGAAGGAUGAUCCAUCAAAGACACGAACGCUGGAUGAGCAGGAUUGGGAGCUUGCCCAGCAGGCCAGUGUGUUGGCUAACGUGGCUCAGGCCUUUGAAGGUGACUUGGAUGGGUCGGAUGAAGACGACAGAGACACCAUCUUUAGCUCAGCGGACCUGCUGUCUCCCAGUGGUCAGACAGAUGUACAGACGCUCGCCAUUAUGCUACAAGAGCAGCUUGAAGCCAUCAACAAAGAAAUAAAGUUAAUCCAAGAGGAAAAGGAGACCACAGAGUUGCGAGCUGAGGAAAUAGAGAGUCGAGUGACCGGCGGCACUCUGGACGGAUCACUGGGACGCUACCGAUCUGCCACUUCCAUCCCCACAUCUGUCACCACAUCGACUCUAGCCAGUCCUUCCCCACCCAGCAGCGGCCAUUCCACCCCACGCAUCACCCCGCAGAGCCCUGCCAGAGAAGGAGACAAAUUUAAUCACGUUCCAAAAGAGGACAGUCGGGAUGAAAAGGCUUUGAUGCAGUGUGAGACCAAUGCCCCACUUACUCCACGGGCGGUGAGGUUGGAAAGGAUGACACAAGCUCUAGCUCUCCAAGCCAGCUCACUGGAGGAUGGAAGAGACCAACGGGCCAGCUUGGCAGCAGAUGGUCUGGGUGGGACAAACAGUACCAGCCAAGACUCCCUACACAAGGCUGCUAAAAAGAAGAGUAUCAAGUCCUCCAUUGGACGUCUGUUUGGCAAAAAGGAAAAAGGGCGCAUGGGACAGAUGGGCCGUGACUCCUCUUCCGUUGCUGGAACCCCCUCAGAUGAGACCUCUCCAGCUGACCCUAUGGGCCUGUCCAAGUUGGGUGGGCCUGUGGAUAAAGACCGCAGGAACAAGAGGAAGCAUGAGCUGCUGGAAGAAGCCUGCCGACAAGGACUCCCUUUUGCCGCAUGGGAUGGCCCCACUGUGGUUUCAUGGCUGGAGCUGUGGGUAGGAAUGCCAGCCUGGUAUGUAGCAGCUUGCCGCGCUAAUGUGAAAAGUGGAGCUAUUAUGGCCAACCUUUCUGACACAGAAAUCCAGCGGGAAAUCGGCAUCAGCAACCCACUCCAUCGACUUAAACUGCGCCUUGCUAUCCAAGAGAUGGUAUCGCUCACUAGUCCUUCUGCACCCGCCACAUCACGAACGUCGACAGGUAAUGUGUGGAUGACCCAUGAAGAGAUGGAGACCCUGACAGCAACCACUAAACCAGAGACUAAGGAAAUCAGCUGGGAACAGAUUCUAGCGUAUGGUGACAUGAACCAUGAAUGGGUGGGCAACGACUGGCUGCCAAGUCUGGGUUUGCCCCAAUACCGCAGCUACUUCAUGGAAUCACUGGUCGACGCCAGAAUGUUAGAUCACUUGAACAAGAAGGAGCUACGAGGACAACUCAAGAUGGUGGAUAGUUUUCACAGAGUUAGCCUCCACUAUGGUAUAAUGUGCCUAAAGAGACUGAAUUAUGACAGGAAGGAGCUGGAGAGGAAGAGAGAUGAAAGUCAGAACCAACUGAAAGAUGUCAUGGUUUGGUCCAAUGAGCGAGUAAUGUGCUGGGUGCAAGCCAUUGGACUGAAGGAAUAUGCCAAUAAUCUGCUGGAAAGCGGCUUACAUGGAGCUCUCAUAGCAUUGGACGAUACAUUUGACUUUAAUGACCUGGCAUUGUUACUACAGAUCCCAACACAAAACACACAGGCUCGCCAAUUGCUGGAAAAGGAGUUCAGCAGUUUAAUUUCUAUGGGGACAGAACGGAGGUUGGACGAGGACUGUGCCAAGACUUUCAGUCGCUCUCCUUCCUGGAGGAAGAUGUUCCGUGAGAAGGACCUGCGAGGAGUCAGUCCUGAUUCAGCGGAAAUGCUGCCGCCUAACUUCCGUGCUGUCUCGUCCAUUACCUCACCUGCCGUACAGCUUCGCAAGAUGCAGUCUGAAGGGAGUACUUCCACCAGCCCACGUGCAGACAAUGUCUCAGUCAGAACCUAUUCCUGUUAAUGCCGUGCUGACACGUAUCGUCAAUAAGGUCACUGAGGGCACUUUUUGUCAUAUGAUCACUACGUCAGAGGAGCUCGACCAAUAAGAUUUUAGUUUUUUUCCCUCAACAAUGACACUACUUGCUCAAGUGGAUGCUGCAGGUUGUUAUGUUGCAGGGAUGAUGGAGGAAUGUGACAGUUGGAUAUAAACAUGUACAUUUCUGCAAAUAGAUAGACCCUCCAGCUUAAGGCUGUCUCUACAUGGACCCUGGAUGCUACUUGUACUAGACAAGGAACAGGCUGAGCAUUAAAGGAACAUCCAUCUACUCUUUAUUGCUUACCUUCUCCAGGAUCGUCCCAACAAGCAGCGAGAUAAGAAACAGACUGAGCAUGAAAGGAACAUACAUCUACUCUUUAUUGCUUACCUUCUCUAGGAUUGUCCAACAAGAGGCGAGAUAUGGAACAGGCUGAGCACGAAAGGGACAUCCAUCUACUCUUUAUUGCUUACCUUCUCUAGUAUGGUCCAACAAGAGGUGAGAUAUGGAACAGGCUGAGCAUGAAAGGGACAUCCAUCUACUCUUUAUUGCUUACGUUCUCUAGGAUUGUCCAACAAGAGGUGAGAUAUGGAACAGGCUGAGCAUGAAAGGGACAUCCAUCUACUCUUUAUUGCUUACCUUCUCUAGGAUUGUCCAACAAGAGGCGAGAUAAGGAACAGGCUGAGCAUGAAAGAGACAUCCAUCUAUUCUUUAUUGUUUACCUUCUCCAGGAUUGUCCCCACAAAAGGCAACACUUUGUAGACCCUUUCAGCACGGGAGGGUUUAAAGGUCAAAACCACAAAUUGAAUGUGCAGGAUGAUGGAAGUAUGAGCAACGUUCAAUAUAACAUUUUAUGUUUUAUCUUUUUGGGUUCCUUUUGAGCUAUGCAGAUGGCAGCCACUCUAGGGACUCAAAAGAUUUUCGACUGGAGAUUCCAUACAAAGCCAUGUUUCAGCCGGUCCAGGGGAUGGAGUAAAUUUAAGACAAUGGAGAGAUGUAGCGUUCAGUGUCAUCUGGAGGGGAUAAACCUGGUUGAGUUGGGACCCUGUCUAGUUUCACUUGGUAAAAUAAUCUGUUCAUCGGACGAUUGGGCUGUCCAAAUGAGGGAUGCACAACCUAUUGUUUAGUCAUGUCCCUUGUGAACUAAUACUAUGCUUUGAUAGCUUCUUAUAGCCACAACGCCAUAAUGAGGUGGCAGGGGUAUAAUGUUACCACCAAAUACUGUUAUUUAUUAUUAUUUAUUCUUUAUAUUCAGUUCACCGGCAGUCGAAGCAGCAAGGCAAAAGCAAUGCACACCCAGCCAUCUACUGAAGACAUUGCGGUUAAUGAGGUACUUGUGAUGUAAGAACUCAACAGAAUCAAGCAGGGUUAUAGCGUCCCCGCAAUCGGGUUUUUGGUCAGACGUUUUACAGUUUCUUGUUUACAGAUGAAAAAAAAAAGGGGGUCAGUUACAUAGAGUGUUACGUCUUGUAUGAUAGCUUGUGAGUCUGUAAGUGCUCAGUGUCUCUGCAGUGGUCAGAAUUAUUCUCACCACUCAUUAUUAAAGCUGACACUCAUUCUCUGUGCCAUUCUCUAAAGGGGAUCCAUAUAGGCAAAACUGCAUUUACUCUGGAGGCCUGCAGCUACGAGACUCUGAGCAAAAAAAUGCCCCAAAUGAGUAAUGUAUGCGGCACCUCUGCUGGGUCACUUUGGAAGAGUAUAUAUGCCUUAAAUAUUUAAUUUUUUUUUUUAUCGGUAGGGCCCUCUAGGAUGCAAAAUAGUAAUUCACGUCUGCUUCUGCACCCAGCAGGGUAACUUUGACUCUGUUUACGUGUGGUCUUUAAAUCAGAAUAAUAGCAGCACCCACCCAUUGUACAUGUCAAUGUUCCCUUAGACCCCCAAAGAGACUCCUUUUUAGAGGUAGAGGCUUAGAGGCAGGUCUGGUUUAAAGGGGAACUAUCCCGAAUAUGAAAAUGUAAUAUGUGCUUCAUCAAUCUGAAAUAUGAAACUUUCUGAACACAAUCAAUUAAAUA